AGGAGGGACAGCCUGGAGUGAACUGGCUUCACAAGUCAUGAGCUUUUUGUGCAAACAAUGUAUUUAUUUCACCGAAAACAAUAGGUAGUUAGCUAAAACAAAACAAAAAACAAGGAAAAAGACAACCGGGAACAGUGAGGCGUUGUAACAGAAAAACUACGCAGGAUGGGCGAGCGGGAGGACACUGCGUUUAAAACCACUGGAUCCAAGUGGCUGCUGCCUGUCAGUGAAUACUUGGGCUUUCCUCUUGAUCAGGUCAAUUUCCUGACGUGCCAGCUGUUUGCCCUAGCUGCUGCCUUCUGGUUUCGUCUUUACCUCAGUCCUAGCCAUGCCAAUCCCCUGGUCAGGCACGCUGUGGCCGCUCUUCUCGGCAUUGCCUUUCUCAUCUUCUGCUUUGGAUGGUACUCAGCUCACAUCUUGACAGUGGUGGUUGCAAGCUACUUGAUCAUCAUCAAAGCUGACAUCAACAAUGUACACAGGUAUUCCAUGGUGACCGCUAUGGGCUACUUGACAGUGUGCCAAGUGAGCAGAGUCUUCAUCUAUAACUAUGGAGUUCUGUCCACUGACUUUUCUGGGCCUCUGAUGAUAGUAACACAGAAGAUAACAACACUGGCUUUCCAGCUCCAUGAUGGUAUGUGUAAGAAACCUGAACAACUUACCCCGGAGCAGAAGCCUCUGGCUAUAAAUGUGAAACCUUCUCUCAUCGAGUACCUGAGUUACAAUCUGAACUUCCUGAGUAUCUUGGUGGGACCAUGCAGCAACUAUAAGGAGUACAUGGACUUCAUAGAGGGCAGACACAUCAGCAGGAGGCUCAGGCAGCACUCUGGGACGUGUAAUGGUCAGAACGGCUAUGAUAAGACACCGGACCCAUCACCUCUGAAUGCUGUGUGUCGAAAAUUGCUGAUUUGCAGCGGAUGUAUGCUGUUCUUCCUCACUGUGACUCGGUCUUUACCGAUAAUGUACAACGUGGACCCCAACUUUGUCAGCCACGCCCCCUUCGUCACAAGGCUCACCUACGCUUUCUUAUCCAUACAAGCAGCAAGACCCAAAUUCUAUUUCGCCUGGACACUAGCUGAUGCAGUCAACAACGCUGCAGGAUAUGGAUUCUUGGGGAUGGAUGAAAAUGGAAAGCCAUCGUGGGACCUUAUCUGCAACCUCAACAUCUUGAAAAUUGAGACCGCAACCAGCUUUAAGACAUUCAUAGACAACUGGAAUAUUCGAACAGGAAUUUGGCUCAAAACGGUGUGUUAUGACCGAGCCCCAAAGCACAGGUUGGCGUUGACCUUUAUCCUGUCGGCGCUGUGGCACGGUGUUUAUCCCGGGUAUUACUUCACUUUCAUCACUGCCAUCCCCAUCACCAUGGCAGCACGAGCUGUACGGAAGUCUGUUCGUCACUACUUGCUGAGCUCCAGAGGCUUGAAGCUGGGUUACGACAUCGUAACUUGGGCAGCCACCCAGCUGGCCAUCUGCUACACUGUUAUGCCUUUCCUACUUCUUGCAGUUGAUCCCACUUUGGUUUAUUACAGGUCUAUGUACUUCCACGUUCACAUCAUCAUUCUGGUUGUGAUCGCCCUGCAUCGGAAACACAAACCCAGUGUAUUCUCUGCCACCAACAAAACAUUUUCCUCCUCCUUCUCGUCUCCGUGCCCAACACAGUGCCAGCCUGUUCACUCCAACAACAAUGACAAAGUAGACUGAAAAUCCCCUCUUUACGUUCUUUUACCAGGCUCUCACUCGAGGGUGUUCUCUCAAAGACAAGUGAAUAACCCUAAAAGGUAUUCAGCAAACUUAAAAUGGGAAAACACGACUUAUUCUUUGUGACAAUACGGAGUUAGGAAAAACUUUGAUGGUACAAUACGAUGCAGCCCUUGAACCUAUGGCACUGGAUAUGCAUGGGGAGAGUGUUUCUGCCAUAUUGUAAGAUUAAGAUCAGAACCUGAUUCUGAUUCUAAGAAAAAACAUCAAACUUAAGCACAGCAGGCAUACUGGAAAGAGAAACAUUAGCUGAGUGAACGUCUCUGGUACUACUGCCACCUCCACCACCAGGAGACUGACCUCCUCCACCUGCCCCCACUCUGCUCCACUUAUCCCCCUCCAUGCCCAUCUAAACACCAGCCUGCCUGCUCCAACAACAAUGCAACAGUGUGAAGAGAGAAAGGAGGCUCACUUUCUUUCCUGUCCUCUAUCUGCGCUGUCCUGCCGAUUGGUGGGAUCUAAGCCAACACAGUGGGAGAGCAGCUCCUAACCAGGGCACAAAUACCAGGACACACACACACACACGCACGCACGCACACACACACACAAACAUAAACACUAGGACACAAAUAUGCACAUACUCUCUUAGACACGCUCGCACUUUGUCACAUACAAAGGCUGCUCUUGUGUGGCUACAACAAAAGAGCAUACCAAGAGGAGAGAGAGCCCUGGUUUGUGUCUGUCUGUCUGUAUAUCUGUGUGUGUGUGUGUGUGUGUGUGUGUGUGUGUGUGUGUGUGUGUGUGUGUGUGUGUGUGUGUGUGUGUGUGUGUGUGUGUGUGUGUGUGUGUGUGUGUGCCUUAUGAAAGACUGUGGACUGUGUUGGUGUUUCUCUCACUGUUAGUUGGUACUCUGGGUAGAACGACCCUUGAAAUACCAAUUUGACCAGGCAGCACUCCAGUGAAACUAUUACUAAUGAAGGCAGGUUGGCAGCUCCUCCUGGAGCGGAGACUUGUCUAGUCUGUAGAAAGAGUAAACUAUGUUAUAGUCAGUAUGGAUAAUCCUGAGCUCUAGCAAUAGCCCUGUAAACAUAAAAGAAAAAGAGGACAGAUAUUUAAAGAAUAAAUGGUGUGAUUUCACAACAGCAAGCUUCAGCUAAUGUUGUUUUGCAUUGCACAAUUGUAACAAGUGAAGAAAUGGUCAAAUAUGAGCACACAUUGCAGUUGGAAGCAAAAGCAUUUGAUUUGAAGUGAUUUACUGAACAUCCACUUUCGCUAAGAUAUCUCUUUUUGUGCUGAAGCAAAGGAAUUUAAUUGUGACAUAGUUAUUAAUGUGUAAGUACUUUAUCAUGUGGACGGUGCUGGACACCUGUUAUCAUGAUGUGAAGUAAUUAAACAAAACGUUGUUGUAAAACUGAGAGGAAAUACACUUUUUGGGAGGUAACUAUUGCACACUGAAAGAAUGGAUAAUAUGAACAAAAAUAAGAAUUUAUAAAUGAAAUGUGUUCUUCUCACCAGGGCCAUGGUGCUGUUUUUCAUACCCACCAUGAACAGAAAGCAUAUUUUUGUUACUGAUUUUACAAUUUCUCACCACAAUUCACGAAGUCUUCUCUUCACUAGCUUUUACUUUUCCACAAUCGAAAACCGAUGAAUCAGAAGGUUAUGCUUACGAUUAGAGGUGAGCUAAGCACGGUGGAAACAAGAAGAUACAUGCACGUUUUUAAAUGUUUCAUUAUCAAGAAGUUGAUGCCACAUGAGAGGUUUGGGAGCAUUGGGAGUUUUUAUGAGGGGCACAGUGGCUUGGUUUAUUAAUGGUGCUACCUGCUGCAGCCUAGCAUGUUCGCUUUUAACUACAUUUAUGGGUGUGCUAACAAUGCUAACAAGUUGCAAUGCAAUAAUAAUGUUGUUGUUGUGUGACGGUGUCUGGUGAAGAAGAAUCACAUUACACUUGAACAUGUCAGGCUGUCCCUUUAAAUGCAUUCUAUGGGUUUGCUUAAUGAAAACGCACCUUCUUUUCUGGAUAUAACAUGUGAAGUUGAACAGUAUGUAUCUGUUUAAUCAUGUUCGAGACACAAUCUUACUGCAUUUUAUUACCUGCUUUAAAAUGUAAUCUGAAAAUGUGUAUUUUGGAUUUGCCUGUUUUGGCUUAAUUUACAUGUUGACUUAAACCCCUGAUUCUUAAUACAUAAAGCAUCAUUGUAGAGCUUGUUUUGGGGGGUGGGGGGCAUUCACCUGCUGCAGGGGAAUUGUUUG